AUGAGACUUCCCUUUCGCAAAAAGGACAAGAAGGGGAGCCUCGACAUCCCCCCCGAGUUCCGUCCUGCCGGCGCCGGCCAGCCCCCUCGCUUCCCGCCCACCGCCCGCUCCGCCGCCAUCCUCCACCACCUGCCCCCGUCCGUACUCGCCCGCGUCUUUGCCCGCGUCUGCCCGCACGCCUGCGACAAUUCCUAUGAUACAUGUGAGGAGAGCUCCCGCGGCAAUGCCUGCGUCCUUUGCGACCUGCGCGACCUAUCCCACUGUGCCCAGGUCAGCCGUAUCUGGCGCGCGACGGCCGUUCAAGUUUUAUAUCACAGCGUCCGCAUCGAACCCGUACACUUUUGCAAGAUGGAGGCCUGGCUUGCCGAGCGCCGCAAGAAGACGGGCCGCUUCAACCACAACGGCGUCCCCGAGGACACAGCCCAGACGCGCCUGCGCCUCCUCCGCCGCACUGUCCGCGACGACCCCACCCGCCUCGGCCGCUUUGUCCAGUACCUCAAGAUCCCCUACAUGCUGCGCGAGUAUUGCCAUGUCGAGCUCGCACAGACCAUUGCCGUGCUGCCCGACCUGCACUUUGUCGACCUGCCCGAAGGCCUCUUCUCCGACGACCCAGCCUUUGCCACGCUCCGGCUCGAGGUCGAGGCACGCUGUCCGCAGCUGCGCAAGAUGUCCUACGUUACCGGCGCCGAGCGCAGCUUCAACGCGCUCGCGUCCGGCCGCGUCUGGACCCACCUCGAGGUCCUCGAGGUCACCGGCCUCAACGUCGAGCCGGCCACCAUGCGCGCCGUCCUCGGCUGCCUGACCAACCUGCGCGCCCUCAAAGUCAGCCAGACCGACAGCAUCUCGGACGAGGUCCUCGUCGCCACCGAGGACGGCUUCCCCGCCCUCGCCCCGCUCGAAGAGCUCAUCCUCAAGGACACACCCCGCGUCACCGCCAAGGGCCUGAGGGACUACCUCGCCUGGAAGGAUACGCGGAACGCGCUCAGCGUGCUUACCCUCAAGGACACGGGCGUCCACCCGGCCGAGCUCGCCGACAUCCUCGCCACGGCUCCGUACCUGCUCACCCUCGCCGUCCAGAGCAAAAUCAGCGAGGCGCUCCCGCACAAUGCAGGCCUGCCCCCGCUCGCCUCUACCUCCCUGCGCACCCUCCGCUUCGAACUCACCGGCCGCACCGCCUCCGCCCAGGACACCAGCGCCGCCAAGACCUACUACGCCUACCUCGCCAGCUCUAUCCUCUCCAGCAGCCUGCCCGGCCUCCGCAGGCUCUACGUCCACGACGACGCCUUCCCCGACAAGCUGCAGACCGCCAUGCCCGUCCCCGGCGGCGUCUUUGCCCCCGGCGGCCCCGGCAACAGGGGCUCUUCUGCCUCCUUUUCACGGGGCGCGCCGCCGCCCGCCGUCCUCGUCACCCGCGACGACACGCCGUCCGGCAUGACGAGCCCCGGCUACGGUACAAGGAGUCCCAAGUACAGCAACAGUCCCCUGGCCAGUCCCGGCGCCGUGCCCCGCAGCCUCGCCGCGCUCUCCGCCAGCCCCCCCCACGCCCGGCAACGUCUCAGCUCCAACAAUCCCUUUGCGCCGCAGUAUCAACAGCAGCAGCAGCAGCAGCAGCAGGAGGAGGACGAGCAGUCGACGAUCACCUCACGCCCGUCCGCCGCCCCCAUCCAGACCCUCGAAAUCUUCACCAAGGGCGACGACUGCAGCCAGUGGAACUUUGCCCGCGUCAACGCCACCACCCGUCAGAAGCACCAGCAGGCCUCGGGCGACACGCGGCGCGCGAGCCAGUACGGGCUCGCGGCCGACGUCCAAGGCCAGGGCUGGGACAGCGGCGGCGCCCGUCGCAGCGUCAUGGUCGGCAACGCCGCCGGCGGCUUCCUCACCCUCCCCGGAUCCGCGCCCUUUGCGCCCCCGACCGACUUCUUGCCGCCCCCGCCCUCGCGAUACUCUGGUACCAACGACCGGCCGCGCAGCAGUGGCGGCGAAAGCUUCUCCCGCUCCCGUCUGCGUCGUUGA